UGUGGAGAAAUCAUUACCAAGUGUCGCUUCCUUACUGGUAGACCAUACAGCAGUACAACACACACCAUGAACUUCAAGCUGAUCUUUCUCGUAGCGCUGGUGCUGAUGGCUGUCUGUCUCGGCCAGAGCGAGGGACGCCGGUUCAAGAAGUUCGUGAAGAAGCUGGGUGGUGCCGGUCGGCGGGUUGCCAACGCAGCCCAGAAGGUUGCACCGUUGGCGAUGGGCGUAAGGGGUGUCCUUGGUUAAUGGCGUACUCCCCAAACGCCCGGACAUUGCAACACCAUCCUAACAAUAUGCCAGCAUCCAACAUAUGAUCACGAUCGCAUCGCUACGCAGUCUGGACACACGUCAACGAACUGGUGUAGUUGCGUUUACUGCACUGCAAUCAUCACCGUUCGCCCGAAAUCGUUCCAAUAAAACGCGCCCGUCUUGGGUCACUUCCUUAAUCCGUAAGUGAGCAGAUCAAAAGCCGGUGGUCAACAGUCUUUUCAGUUCGCAUUGUGCGCUAUCGAGACAAUCAAUUUGAUUGACUCGGUUAGCGGUCGACGGGUUUUGGUGGGUGACAGCCUGGCGGAAUGAAGAAGUCACGAGAUGCGUGAAGAGUUUGUUGAAGAAGCGAAAGUGUUUCUUUCGCAAUUUUCACACUUUUGCUCUCACUCGCUUUCCUAUUGUGUGUGACAAACAAACCCUCGAACUCGAAUUACUCAGUUUUUAUGGCGUCAGAAAAAAUGGCGUCAGUUGCUGCAAUCCUUCCUAUAGAAUAAUGCAGAAUUUUGGUGGUACUGAGCAAAACUGAGAUGCAGAAAGGGUUUUUAAAAUUGUUCUGCCCAUUUGAAACAAACCGGUUCCAAUGUGUUGCGUACCGUUACACUUGCCUUUGCAAAUCCUCGAAUUUCGUUCAACCCUACGCGAAACCAGUUUUGCCAGAAAUCUUUCCUCUUCCUCUUCCGCGUCCGAUGUUCGGUCGAGGAAGCUUCCGGAGUAGGGGCACGGAGGGGGAGGAUCGGCAUCGCUAAACAGACGCCUCGCGUCAAUAAUCUUGACGUCGAGAUCAGGCGUCAAACAAUGGUACGUGAACCGGCACCAACACUUCUUAGAUAGCCGGAGAUACAGCCGCUGCCGUGUAUCGCUGCUUUGGAAGCAACAGGUUUCCCAGCGUGUAUGUGAUUUGCAUCACUGCAGGUGUGGAUUACUCACGAUGUGCGGUCGUGCGCUCGCCUGGUAGCUGUGUGAGUGGAUCAUGCCCGAGCAUCACCUACGCUACCGGUGGAUGGUGGUGGCAGCGACGAUCGGACGGUAAUGAGGCUGUCAGUUCCCGGCUGUACUUCCAGCCAUCUUCAUCAUUUUGGCCUUUGGGAUACCGUUCGUCGCGUUUGGAAGUCAUUCGUGUACCGGUGGUCCGAGAAGGUGGUUGACAGCCGUUGUGUGUGGUGUGUUUCUUCUUCCUUUUUGUUGAUGUUGUUGUUUUUCUGAGACCCGGAUUAGAAAGUUUAGUUGGUGUUUGGUGCCCGAUCCCGAAACGACUGUGAAUAUUCAUAAUCCUUCAAAGCCGAACUUGUAGACAUUAUACUGACGCAGUGCUUACAAACUCAGCCGGGUUACGAUGGCUUCACAGCUGGUAUGGUUUUGUGUAGGGGCGCUGUUGUGCUGUUUAGCGAAUCUUGCCCACACAACUCCGAUCGAUACGGUGACGGCACAUAAUCCACUACCGAUACCGACGGUAACGGAUGCCUCGUCUACCCUGGGCACGAUCCUUCCGACCAAGGGCGGUGAGGUGACGAGUUCUACCGAAACGAGCAAGAUGUCCCGCUUCCUUGACGACUUCACGUCCGCCUUCAAGCAGGGUACGGCCAAGAUGAAGGAGAGUCUUGAAAACGCAGCGAGCUCGGUUAAGGACGGUGUUCUGCAGGGGUACGACUACGUACGCAGCAAGCUGACCGGUACCGGGCCGGAGUCGUCCACACCGGGCACCUCGUUGGACGAUACGCACGUGGACAGCUCUGGAGCGACAUCGACCGCCGCAGCACUCACCUCGGGCACACCAUCAACCGAACGUCCUGCAAUCAGUGCCGGCGUCACAGGCGGCGUCUCGUCCACCGACACCAAGGACGGGCUGAUGGUGCACGGUGGCGUGGUCGGUGUGUCUAACGAACCGGCACGCAUCGUACCGAACGACGAUGAUGACGACGAGCGGAUCAUCUUCAACGAUAAGGACUACCCCACCGCGCUGAAACCGCUCGAUGGCAGCGAGGACGAACGGGACGUCACGGAGUCCCCGGUCACGACGACGGGCGCUGUGGACAACCGAUUCAUCAUUUCCGGCCCGUUGGCGUGCAAAAGCGGCCAGGAGGUGGUAAACGGGAAGUGUCGAAAUGUAUUCUGAGCAUCCCGCGUAUCCAAUUCCAUCGUUCACAUUUCACAUCUCUUCCCACAUCCAUCCGGUUUCCCUCAGCCCAACGCAUCCUCAACCCCGUCGGCCCGUGAAGUUUACCGCGGAGCCCCAUUGUGGUUUCGGCCCCGCUUCAGGCUCCCGCCCGAGCGCCAUUUCGUUAGGGAAGUGUGAUUUUUUAAUUUAAUUCUAUUACCGUUAAUAAUGGUCGCCCGAGUUUUGCCACACGACACUCACUGCUGCCGGUGAAUGAGCUCAUGCACGCAAACACACCCACAUACAGAUAGCAACAGACACUUACGAGAAUCUCUGUGCGCGAUGGUGCGAUGGUAAUACAGGCGAACGCACCCGUGCGCUGUUUGUGAGUCAAAGGAAGCGAGAGUAGAAAAUAAAUUUGAUUUGAUUAGCAAACGGAACAAUUGGUGUGGAUAAUAUGCUGCCAGAUGCUGGAUAUGACAGAUGGUGUGAGAGCAGCGUGCGGCAAAACAGGAACACGGAGACGAAGAAACCCGAAAAGCCAGAUGACAUAUGCAGUGAGCAUGUGCAAAAUAUUGGCGAGAUCAGUAUAGAAGUAACCGUACUGUGAGUGGUAUAAAACCUAACUAGCUCAUUUCCGGAUGCUUCGGCCACAGCUGGCCGUUACCAACUUCAAGCUCCAAUCAAUAGCUGUAAUGGAGCUAUUAAUGCGACAUUUAUCAUCUACUCAACUGCUUCGGACCGUUGAGAGUUGAUCUCGCCGUUCGAAACUGGUUGCUGUUGAAUGAUGUCAUGUUUCUAUUGAAAAAAAAACAACUGGCAAACUGCAACUGCAACGUGUGUAGGGAUAAUAGUCUGAGUUGUUGCCAAAACGAGUUCCCAUUUGUUGGGAACUUUACAAGCCUUUUGUCGCUUCUCGGCAUCCCUUCACCAACCAGCCACGGAACUCAGCUAAUUAGACGACUUUUAAUACGGUUUUAACGAUUCGAGCGUCCCACUCCCGCUAUAUGUCGCCUCGGUCGUAAUGAUGCCUGGCUAUUCGACUGUAUGGCGGUCAACGUAUUGUCGCUUGGUAAUGACCCUGGUCGCCGUGGUCGGAAUUGUGAGCAGUGCAUUCGAUUAUUGAGUCGCAGUAGCUCUGGACCAUAAAACGUCAUUGGCCGGCCUGCG